AUGGAGGUGAACCUGGCACGCUUCAGCGCCGCCGAGCUGCGCGCCAAGAGCACGGAGGCGGUGCAGGAAGAGCUCCAGAGCGCCAGAACGCACCUCUCACCCGCUGUCAGCGCCUUGAGACACGCUUUGACCGUCGUCCAGGCGUCCAAAGACCUGUGCAAGACCGCGGUGGUGUUCGUGGACGAGUCUCCGCAGGUUGCGCAGGCUCUGGAGCAGCUGGUCGCGGCGUGCAACGAGGUCGGCACGUUAGUGUGCCAACUGAACCGAGCGGUGAGCAGUUCGGGGGCAAGUGAUGCGUCAUCCGACACCGAGGAGGAGGAGGGAGAAAGAGAAGAAGAAAAGGAGAACGGUUCUCAACAUCUAAGAGCGGGACCAAAGGAUCUGGAACACAGGAGAACUACAGAAGAGAAGAAACGAGCUGCAAAGGAGAUAGACACGGAGGGGAAGGGCGCUGAAGUAGAAGAAGAAGAACAACAACAAGAAAAUGUGGAGAGCAAGGAGAACCCGAGGGAGCUAAAGCGGCAGAGAAUCGAAGAUACAAGUCGUAGCAGGAUCCCCGUGCUGACGAUCCGCUGCAAGUACCAAUAG